AUGCCACAUGAACGACCUUCACAUUUCUCACCAAACCACGGAAGUCAUACCCCAAUGAUAACCUCAGAUCCCAUCGAAGUAGUGGAAAUAAUCAAUGAUCAAGAAAUAGAGAAUUAUAGAUGGGGGAUCAUAUUACUCGUAGUUUCAGUUACUACUUGGAUUAUAGGUCUAGAAUUGGUCAAUGCUGUUCUAAAGGGAGAUAGUUAUACUAAACCAUUUUUAUUUGCUGUCAUUUCUGGUUCAAGUUAUAUUGUCAAUUUCGUUCCUGAUAUCUUCAAUGGAAUAAAACGCGUAUUUACUGGCAGCAAAAGGAAAGACUCCGUUGCCCUAGUAGUUCCCUCAAUAGAAGAAACAACUCCAUUAUUAGAAAGUAGUUCUCGAGACACUGUCAACAACAUCACCAACACCAAAUUAGAGAAAACAAUCUCGGAAGAUUUCGAGAAUCCAAUAGAAUUAACUACAUCUGAGAUAUGGAGCCUAGCUGUACAAAUCGCAUUCAUUUACUAUCUAUACAAUUCAUUCGUCAUGGAGGCAUUGCAAUUCACAUCAGCUUCAAAUCAAACAGUAUUGGGAACUACUUCGUCAGCAUUCACGCUUGUAAUUGGAGUAUUUCUCAAAAUUGAGAAAUUCUCAAUCAAGAAAGUCUUAUGUGUUGUAUGCAGCUUCUUAGGGGUGUUUAUGGUUAAUUUUGGAGAAUCUGUAGGUGAAAAUAAGCAUCGAAAUAAAUUUGAACUGAAAAAUCCUCAAUUGGGUAAUUUGUUAGCAUUAGGAGGAGCAUUGAUGUAUGCCUUAUAUUUAAUUAAUAUGAAAUUGAAAUGUGGAACUGGCAAUAAGGUUACAAAUGAACGAAGAUUGUUUGCAUAUGCUGGAUUAAUUACUUUAUUGGUUGGAAUACCUUUGUUGUACAUUCUUGAUCAUUUUGGAAUUGAGAAGUUUGAAUUGCCUCCUAAUAAUUCCAUUAUGGCAAGUGUGUUGAUCAAUGGGGUUUUUUCGGCACUUUCAGACUAUGCAGCAAUGUUGGCUAUGUUACUUACAAGUCCACUUGUUGUUUCACUUACAUUAACUUCAGGAAUCCCCAUCACCAUUUUCAUCGACUAUAUCAUAUUAUUUUUCACCAGUGGGAAAGAUGAACAUCAUAAGACUAGCUUCUUGUAUUUCCUCGGAAUCAUUUGCAUAAUAUUAUCUGUAUUAUUGGUCAAUAUCAACAUCACGUCUGAAAAUGAAUUAAUCGAAGAAGUUAUCGAAGAAGCCCUUGAAGAAGCAAUCAGACGAGAUGAAAUCAUGUCACCCGUUCUUUCUCCACUAUUAGCUCCACCAACAACUAGCGGAUCACAUACACCAUUUUUAAGAACCCCAGGAGGUGGUCGUGAAUCGCCUGUUCCUUUCCAAGUUGGAAUACAUGCGUCUAAUAUAUUGUCCAGCUUGACUCCAAAAGCGAGACCGGGAAUAGCAAGGCAUGUUUCUGAAUUUGUUCUUGAAGGUACAAAUCCAUGUCAUCAACAUCACCAUCAUCUUCAAAAGCAUCGUUCUUUGUUAUCGUUUGAACGAAUGGCGGAAGACGGAGAAGAAGAGGACGAAGAUGAGCCAAAUAUUGUUGUCAUGAGUGGUACACACCACCAAUAUCGUGUGAAGAGUCUUAAUACCCAAGAUUCGGAGAGAAGAAACCAUCAUUAG